AUCAUGAACCAAAUGUACACAAGCGGCCAAAUUUAUUUUAAAAACAACAGUUUGUGAUGUAACCUACAAAUGGGUGAUAAGUUCUGAAAAAGAACCGGAUAAUUAUUUAAAAGAGAAUAUACAUAAUAAUCAAACAAAAUGUUCAUUUUGAGACAGAGAUUGAAGCAAGUGCCAUUUAGAUAUAAAUAUUAUUUUAGUACAAUAAACACGAAUGUUUAUUCAAGUACAGUUUUGUUACCUUCAACAAAAAUGCCUUUGCGAUUGGAAAAAGAAAAACUUGUGAAACGUGACAAUGAUAUGAAUAAAGUCCAUGAAAAUGUUUAUGAGUGGCAGAAGGAAACAUUAAAAAAUAAGGAAACUUUUGUUUUACAUGAUGGUCCUCCUUAUGCAAAUGGUUUGCCACAUAUGGGCCAUGCAAUUAAUAAGAUUUUGAAAGACACAAUAAUUAGGACUAAGUUGUUGCAAGGCAAACAAAUCAAUUAUAUACCUGGCUGGGAUUGUCAUGGACUUCCAAUUGAACUGAAAGCAAUUAAACAGGUAAAGGUUUCACUCAAACCAUUGGAAAUUCGUCAGAAAGCAAGAAACUUUGCAAAACAAACAAUUGAAACACAAAGAUCAGCUUUUGAAUCUUGGGGUGUCAUUGGAGAUUGGAAAAACCCAUAUAGAACCUUUGAUAAAGAAUAUAUCCAAAAUCAACUUAAGCAGUUUUAUAACUUAUAUGAAAAGAAGUUGAUUUAUAGAGAUGUUAAACCUGUGUAUUGGUCUCCCUCAUCAAAGACAGCAUUAGCAGAAGCAGAAUUAGAAUACAAUACAAAUCAUGUGAGCAACGCCAUUACGGUAAAAUUAAAGGUUCUAAAGCAACCAGAAAUUUUUAAGAAGUAUCAAAAUGUACAUUUAUUGAUCUGGACAACAACACCUUGGACAUUACCUGGGAACCAAGCAGUGUGUUAUAAUAAAAACUUAUCUUACAGCCUUGUAAAGAAUGAAAAUGAACGUGAUUCAUUUGUAAUUGCAAGCGAUUUAGUGAAAAGUCAUUGCGAUAUGCUAGGAAAAGAGUAUCAAGUAUUAGAAACGUUUAGUGGUGAUUUAUUGAAGGAUGUAACUUAUUGUCAACCAGUAUAUCAUGAAGAAUUAAAAUUGUUGCAUUCCGGUCAUGCAUCAAGUACAAAAGGCACUGGUUUAGUUCACACUGCACCUGCUCAUGGACCUGAGGACUUUUUAGUUGCUUUGGAAAAUAAUAUUAAAAUUAAAUGUUUGGUAGAUGAAAAUGGCCAUUAUACCAAAGAAACUGGAUCAAACUUAGAAGGUACCUCAGUUUUAGACGGUGCUAAUGACAAAAUCUUUGAUAUUCUGGACGAUUCUAUAGUCCACAAAGAGGAUUUUGUUCACAGUUAUCCAUACGAUUGGAGAACUAAGAAACCAGUUAUUUUAAGAGCUAGUCAACAGUGGUUCGUUGAUAUGAAUCCAAUAAAACAGGCGGCAAUUGACCAUGUGGAACAAACAACUGUUAUUCCAAAGCUAAAUGGAGACAAAUAUAAAAAGAAUUUAAUAGAUCAAAUUAAGAAGAGACCCUAUUGGUGUAUAUCAAGACAAAGGUCCUGGGGGGUGCCUAUUCCUGUCUUCUAUUACAAAAAUUCCGGUGAUCAUAUUUUAAACAGGGAAACAAUUGACCAUCUAUGCAAAGUUUUGAGUGAGACGGACCCUGAUUUUUGGUGGAAACAACCCCUUGAAAACCUUCUACCGACAUCACUGCUGGCCAAAGAAAAUAUUGACAAUAUUUGCAGAGGUGAUGAUAUUUUAGAUAUCUGGUUUGACAGUGGAAUAUCCUGGUCAAGUGUCUUGGAAGAACCGAAAAUUGCGGACAUGUAUUUGGAAGGCGUAGAUCAGUUCACUGGUUGGUUCCAAUCCUCAUUAAUUACAUCAGUUGGACUAAGAAAUUGUGCGCCUUACAAAACAAUUUACGUGCAUGGGUUUGCCCUGGAUGAAAAAGGUGUAAAAAUGUCCAAAUCACUUGGAAAUGUGGUUGACCCACAUGAUAUAGUCAAAGGAUCCAAAAAGAAGCAGCCGUAUGGCAUUGAUACAUUGCGAUGGUGGGUGGCAUGUCAUGCUAACCAAGAUAGUACAACUCAUGUUAGUGACAAUGUUUUGAAAGCCAGCGCAGACGAGGUCCAGAAAAUUCGUAGUACCUUGAGAUUUGCUCUUGGUAGUAUCGCAGAUUAUAAAGGUGAAAAAGUUGAAUAUGAUGAGUUGAACUUGACUGAUAAGUAUAUGUUGGGGUUGUUGUAUGAGUUCCAUGAACAGGCACAGUCUUAUUUAGAAGACUAUCAAUUUAAUAAAUUGUCGUCUUUGAUAAUCAAUUUGACUACUAAUGAGAUUUCAGCGAUUUAUUACACUGCUAUUAAAGAUCGGCUAUAUUGUGAUGAAGAGCAUAGUAACAAUCGUUUGGGGGCGCAAUUUGUUCUUUAUCAAUUGAUUAAUUUGUUGACGCAGAGUAUUGCGCCCAUUGUUCCGCAUUUAGCUGAGGAAGUGUAUUUGCAUUUACCAGAGUGCCUGAAGACUUCCGCAGCGUUUUUCACUAGAUUGCAGCAUUUGACACCUGAAAAGAGUUGGCAAAACGAAGAAGUUAAAUAUAUAAUGGAUUUACUACUGAAUGUUCGAAAAGACAUCAACAAACAAACAAAUGCUGGCGAGGCUCUUGAAAGUAAAGUUGAGAUUUUAAUGAAUCCAGACAACAUCAGCUUAAUUCAGAAACACGGUAAUCUAGAUGACCUCUGUGAUGUCUUGCAAGUCUCUGAAGUAAUAGUCACGCCAAGCGUCGACGAGAAAUUUACACUACGGAUAACUAAAGGUGAACAGUUUAAAUGUGCGAGAUGUCGAAAGUUCACCGCGUUAAUGCCACAGACUUUAUGUGACAGAUGCUAUAGUGUUGUUGAGAAUAUAAAAACCAGGAAGCAAAUACCGAACUAAAGGUAUCUAAAUUACAAACAAAAUGUCAGAUAUCCCAAUUAUAAUAUGUAUUAUAUACAAACGUUCUCAAUUUAAUCAUAUUGAUGCUUCCUGUUGGUCUUGCCUUUUGCAAUUAUCAAUAGUAUCAUAUGGACUAAAAAUAUUUAAACAAGCACAGCAUUCACUAUUAAAAUGUACCACAUCAAAUAGAUAAGUUCAUUUACAAUUAA